ACUUUGAUUUCAGUUUAAUUUGUCAAAUCUCAUGUUCGAAAUCAAAAUAAUAAUUAAUAAUAUGGAGUCAGUAUUUUAUUUUGUGCGUUAAUUUUAUUUCCUACAAAAAAUUAAUAUUAUGCCUUAUAAUCGCGCUACCUCGUUGUUGCGACGGUUAUCUUUAAAUGAUAGUAAGCUCAAAAGUUUUGGUACUACGCAGAAUAAUAAAGAAAUAUUUCUACCAAAUCAAAUCUGUAAUCAAAGGGAUUUUUGCUGGACUAUAAGGAUAUCAACAUUGUUCAAUAAUAAUUUAAAUCAACCAACCAAUUUAAGAGGACUUUGUGAUAAUAUAAUUAAAAUGUCAGCUCCAACCACAGAGCAAAACCUUCCAGAUAAGUCAAAAUUUACAAAUAAACUAGGGAAUGAAAAAUCUCCAUACUUAUUACAGCAUGCUAAUAAUCCUGUAAAUUGGUAUCCUUGGUGCCAAGAAGCUCUUGAUAAAGCAAAACAACAAAAUAAGCUCAUUUUUCUUUCCGUUGGCUACUCUACAUGUCAUUGGUGUCAUGUAAUGGAAAAAGAAUCUUUUGAAAAUGAAGAAAUUGCUAAAAUAAUGAAUGAAAAUUUCAUAAAUAUUAAGCUUGAUCGUGAAGAAAGGCCAGAUCUUGAUCGACUUUACAUGCUUUUUGUUAUGGCCACAACAGGGUCAGGGGGUUGGCCUAUGAGUGUUUUUUUGACACCAGAACUUAAACCAAUUAAAGGUGGCACUUAUUAUCCACCUGAAGAUCGCUUUGGUUAUCCAGGUUUUAAAACACUCUUACGUAUAAUGGCAGAUAAAUGGAGGCAAAACAGUAAAAUGUUAAUGGACAUGGGUGACAGUGUAAUAGAACACAUAAAGAAUGCAACAAAACUAGAUAUUAAUAAUUCCCUACCUGGUGAAGUAACAUGGAUGAGGUGUGUAGAUAAAUAUAUUUCUAUAUAUGAGCCUGAGUUUGGUGGAUUUGGUACAGCACCAAAAUUUCCCCAUGUACCAGCAUUCAACUUUCUCUUUCAUUACUAUGCUAGAGACAAAUAUGACCCAAAAGGUAAAGAGUGCUUAAAUAUGUGCCUUCACACUUUAACUAAAAUGGCUAAAGGUGGUAUUCAUGAUCAUAUUUCUAGUGGAUUUGCAAGAUAUUCUACUGAUAACCAUUGGCAAGUACCUCAUUUUGAGAAAAUGUUGUAUGAUCAAGCUCAGUUAGCUGUUGCAUAUACUGAUGCCUAUCUUGCCACAAAAGAUGACUUCUUUGCAGAUGUUGUUCGUGAUAUUAUAAAGUAUGUCAACACUGAUCUAAGGCAUGAACAUGGUGGUUAUUACAGUGCUGAAGAUGCAGACUCUUACCCAUCCUUUGGUACACAGCAUAAAGAAGAAGGAGCUUUCUAUGUCUGGGAGUAUGAUGAACUAAAAAAUCUACUCUCAGACAAACUAAUUGCAGAUCAUUCAUAUUUGGACAUAUUUUGUCAUUACUACAAUGUUGAAGAGGAUGGAAAUGUUUCUCCAGGUGUAGGGCACAAAGGAGAGUUUGAUAAUAAAAAUGUCCUUAUUAUAUAUGGAAGUGAGGAAGAGACAAUGGAAAAAUUUGACUUAACAAAAGUGCAAUUUAGGAAGGUGAUUUCAACUUGUCGAGAAAUUCUUUAUGAAGUCCAACAGAAAAGACCAAGGCCUCAUUUGGAUAGUAAAUUUUUAUGUUCUUGGAAUGGCUUAAUGAUAUCUGGGUUGGCAAGAGCUGGUCAGGGCUUAGAGGAUAAGAGUUAUGUGGAUGAUGCUAUAAAAACUGCAAAUUUUAUUAAACAGAACUUUUAUUGCACAGACAGCAAAAGUCUAUUACAUUCCUGUUAUAAGGAUGAAGAUGGAAGCAUCACUUCUGGGGAAGUGCCAAUAAAAGGAUUUUUGGACGAUUACGCGUUCCUUAUCCGCGGUCUGCUUGACUUAUAUGAAGCAUCUCUCGAUAUGGAAUGGCUGAAUUGGGCAAGGGAUUUGCAGCAGAAACAAAACGAUUUAUUCUGGGACCCUGAUGUUGGUGGAUACUAUACAUGCUCCGAUGAAGAUGAUAGUGUUAUAAUAAGAUUAAAAGAAGAUCAGGAUAGUGCAGAGCCAGCAGGUAACAGUGUCGCCUGUCACAAUUUGUUACGGCUUGCGGUAUAUGCGGACAAGAGUCCGGCGCCGGAGGGCGGCCAGAAGGAACGCGAUAUGGCAAAGAAAUUACUUUUGGCUUUUUCACAACGACUGAGUGAUACACCUAAUGCCCUGCCUGAGAUGGUAUCGGCGUUGAUGCUGUUUAACGAUUCUCCAACUCAGGUGUUGAUAUCAGGUCGACGUUCAGACCCUCGUACGUUGGAGUUAGUGCGUGUUGUGCGUUCGCGUUUGUUGCCGGGCCGCGUGCUCGCUCUCACCGAUCCCAAUGAAACACCAGCAGUGUUGAGUCGCAGUCGCAACGUAGACGUGCCUCGUGCGUACGUUUGCCGACGUUACGCGUGCUCGUUGCCUGUCACCGACGUCAAACAACUCGAGACCUUACUUGACGAACCUGCAAUGCUACAAUAAUCCCUUAAUUUCGGAUUUCUCCAUAUUGACGUAAGUCAUUGAAAGUGACUGCUCAAUAUUAGUAUUUUCAAGUAUGAGAUGCCGCAGAUUUAAAACAAAAAUGUUGACUUUGAAACUGUUUCAGAAAGCAAGAACUAAAAUAUAACGUUUAUUUUUUAUAACAAUGAAACUAAUUUGAAAUUGUGAAAUGGAAAGUAUGCUACUGCAUAAGAAAUUUUUUUGGGUAGAUUUUUGAUAGAUGAUUUUUGAGUACACCUCUAUAUGUUCUGUACACUUAUGAAAUACAAAAAAAAUCAUGUAGUCGUUAAUCUAAAUCAUUCUCGAAUCGACACAAAAAAUUGAGCAUAGUCGGUACAGUUAGCAGGAGUUUCAUUACACGAGCCGAGAAGAUUUAUAUAUGUAAAGAUAUUUUUUUUAAAUCUGCUGUGUCAAAUGAAAAAUCGUAAAAUGUUUGACUAGUUUUAGACAUCUCAAUUUUAGAGUGAUGUUAGUAUUGUGCAGCUUGUUAAUUUUUAACUAAAUGUUUUAUUCAUUAGCUUAAUAUCUAAGGAAAUUCUAGUCUUUGCUGCUGAUAAUAAUUGUACUUUACUAUCCGCUUUACGAUACAUUUAAUCGUGAAUAUUACGAAUCUUAAUGAUAGUCAAUUAUAGUAUUAAUGUUUUUUUUUUUAAUUUAUUUUUAUUAACCUGCAAUGCAGCGUCUAAUUCAGUUUUACGGACAUUAAUAAUGUACUGCGAGAGAAAUUAAUAUUGUAUAAUAGCGGGUAUUACACAAAAGCAAAACAUUUUUUCCGAAAAAUAUUAAUGUUUAGUAUCAUAAAAAUGUUAUCGCUACGGGAGUUUGGAAUAGAGAUUAUAGUGUUGGAAGUUUUGCAAUAUCCGCUCUAUACAUUUUUUUAAACAUUUGAAUACUAAUUGGUGCUUACGUUAGUGUAAAUUAAUAGAAAAGAUCUGUUAUUAAUAUUUUCUUUUUUACCAGUGAAAAGAUGGCCACCAAGUGGAAACGAUAGGUCUGAAUUUGUGAUAGAAUAUAGUAAAUUAUUAUGUAUUGUUAUUUUUAAUUGAAAUUAAUAAAGUUACUACCAUGAAAA